AUGAAGCGGGUGAGGCAGAUGAGAAGAGAGGUGGAGAGUGAACUGAAGAGACAAAGGGCUCAGAGGGGGCAAUCCGCCUCCACCGCCGACUCCACUCUUCUGCCCCUGCGAGCCACCGGACCCCCAGACGCGGAGGGGAAUCAGCCCCAUCACUAUUGGCCUUUCGCCACUAGUGACCUCUACAAUUGGAAAGCUCAGAAUCCUAAGUUUUCCGAGAAACCGGCAGGGCUUAUUGAUUUAUUAGACUCUGUUCUUUUUACCCAUCAGCCCACGUGGGAUGAUUGCCAGCAGCUUUUGCAGGUCCUGUUCACGACUGAAGAAAGAAAAAGAAUCCUCAGUGGAGCCCAAAAACUAGUUCCAGGCACAGACGGGAAUCCCACCACCAACCAGGCUCAGAUAGAUGCCUCCUUCCCCUUAACUCGGCCCCAGUGGGAUUUCAACACGGCAGAAGGUAAGGAGAGGCUCCGGGUCUACCGCCAGACUCUAAAGGGGGGUCUCCGAAUGGCUGCUAGAAAGCCAACCAAUUUGGCCAAGGUAGGAAAUGUACAACAGGGAAAAGAUGAAUCUCUGGCUGCCUUUUUAGAACGGAUCAUGGAGGCAUUCCGUACAUACACCCCCAUGGAUCCAGAGGCUCUGGAAAGCAAGGCAGCUGUUAUCAUGGCCUUUGUAAACCAAUCGGCCAAAGACAUUAGGAGAAAAUUACAGAAAAUAGAUAGACUAGGAGAAAAAAGUCUGCAGGACUUACUGGUGGUAGCCGAAAAGGUAUAUAAUAACCGGGAGCCUCCUGAGGACAAGCAGGCUCGCGCCAUGGCGGCUGCCAGCAGUAAGCAGACUCGAGACCUGGCCAGAAUACUACUAGCUACCACUGCUGACUUCCCUGAGGAAUGAGACUGCCGUCUCUGGCACCUGGCAGACAACACAAGAAAAGGUAAAGGAACCACCAAGCGGGGGAAGCAGAGGCUGCAGAAGGAUCAGUGUGCAUAUUGCAAGGAGAUAGGGCAUUGGGCCCGAGAUUGUCCAAAAAGGGCUGGCGGGAAGGGAAGCAAGACUGAUCGAGUAAAAGUCCUAGAGCUAGAUGAACUAAGUGAUUAGGGGAGUCGGGGUUCAGACCCUCUCCCCGAACCCAGGGUAACUCUUAAAGUGGAGGGGACCCCUAUUGACUUCCUUGUCGACACCGGAGCACAACAUUCGGUCCUCUGCACCCUACAAGGAAAACUAGCCAACAAGAAGUCCUGGGUACAAGGGGCAACUUGUAUGAGCCAGUAUUCAUGGACUACCCGAAGAACAGUAGAUUUGGGAACAGGCCGGGUAUCCCACUCCUUUAUGGUAAUACCAGAAUGCCCCUACCUGCUGUUAGGACGGGACUUACUGACCAAGAUUGGAGCUCAGAUAACUUUCAGACAAGGGGGACCUCAGGUCACCGAUGGCAAGGGCCACCCCAUCCAGGUCCUGACCAUGAAACUGGAGGAUGAAUACCUCCUCCACCAGGAGGCGCUCCCGAGAGAGGAUAAUAUAGACAGAUGGCUACAAGAAUUCCCCUCGGUUUGGGCAGAGACAGGGGGGAUGGGACUAGCCACUCAUAGGACCCCAGUCCUGGUAGAGCUCAAGCCAGGAGAGAGUCCGGUAAGGAUCAAACAAUACCCCAUGUCUCAGGAGGCCUGGAAGGGGAUCCAGCCACACAUCCGGAGACUACGAAGCCUAGGGGUACUAGUUCCUUGCCAGUCUGCCUGGAACACCCCCUUACUGCCGGUCAAAAAGCCUCACACAAAUGACUACCGACCAGUACAAGACCUCCGGAAAGUAAAUAAGAGGGUCGCGGACAUACACCCAACUGUUCCCAACCCAUAUACUCUCUUGAGCUCCUUGGCGCCCUCCAGGGUCUGGUAUACUGUACUAGAUUUAAAGGAUGCCUUCUUCAGUCGUUGCUGGCACCCCAGAGCCAACCCUUGUUCGCCUUCGAGUGGCAUGAUCCGGAGGAGGGCUACAGUGGGCAACUCACCUGGACACGGCUACCUCAGGGAUUCAAAAAUUCACCCACCAUCUUCGACGAGGCACUACACGAGGACCUGGUAUUUACAGACACCUUCUCUGGCUGGGUGGAGGCAUACCCAACCAAGCAUGAAAUGGCUCAGACGGUGGCUAAGAAGCUACUAGAAGACAUCUUACCCAGGUAUGGUUUUCCUGCCAUGGUAGGAUCAGACAACGGACCAGCUUUUAUCUCGCAGGUAACACAGGCAGUAGCCAAGGCGGUGGGGGCAAACUGGAAAUUACAUUGUGCUUAUAGGCCCCAGAGCUCAGGACAGGUAGAAAGAAUAAAUAGAACCCUAAAAGAGACCCUUACCAAAUUAACCAUGGAGACUGGCGGGGACUGGGUGACUCUCCUACCGUACGCCCUUUCCCGGGUUAGAAACACUCCUUACACUCUGGG